CGGAGAGAGGGAGAGAGAGAGAGAGAGAGAGAGAGACGGAGAGAGGGAGAGGCAGAGAGAGAGAGGGAGAGGGAGAGAGAGAGAGAGAGAGACGGAGAGAGGGAGAGGCAGAGAGAGAGAGGGAGAGGGAGAGAGAGAGCAACGGGAAAAUCUCGGCAGCAAGAGAGGCAGAGAAGGAAAGAGAGAGAUCCAACAGUCUUUAAACUAGUGGUGCUUUUUUCCGGAUGCUGUUAAAUUCCAGUGCCAAAGUAAGCCCAUAACGGAAGACACGCGGGACAUCUCACCUCCCCCGCUACACGGGCACCGCAAAAGCAGGCGAUGUGAAGUUGGAUGCCAUUAAACUGAUGCUGUGAAGUGGCUUGCCAUAGCCGUGACUUCAUCGGGUCUCAGUGAGGAUGCUGUGGGUUACCUUGCUGAGCACCAUAGCCCUAGGAUGGACCACCCCAAUCCCACUGCUGGAGGACUCGGAGGAGAUGGACGAGCCCUGCUUCGAGCCCUGCUACUGCCAAGUCAAAGAGGGCGUCUUUCACGUCCACUGUGACAGCAAAGGAUUUACGAACGUCAGUCAGAUCUCCCAGAUAUGGACACGGCCCUUCAAACUCAACCUGCAGAGGAACUCCAUGAGGAAGCUGUACUUCAACAGUUUUCUUCACCUCAACAACGCCCUGUCCAUUAAUGUGGGGAAUAAUGCGCUACAGGACAUCCACGCCGGAGCAUUUAACGGAUUGGGAAUUCUGAAACGGCUGUUCCUCCAUGAGAACAAACUAGAGGUUUUCCGUAAUGACACCUUCCUGGGUCUGGAAAGCUUGGAAUACCUGCAAGCGGACUAUAAUGUCAUCAAGAGGAUAGAGAGCGGAGCCUUCAGGCACCUCCACAAACUCAGAGUACUCAUCCUAAAUGACAAUCUGAUACCAGUCCUGCCCAGCUAUCUAUUCAGGUCGGUGUCACUAACACACCUGGACCUGAGGGGAAACCGGUUAAAGACAUUACCAUAUAAGGGCACGUUGGAAUAUGUGGGGCGGAGCCUGAUGGAGAUUCAGCUUGAGGAGAAUCCAUGGAUCUGUGAGUGUGAUAUAGUUCAGCUAAAAACAUGGUUGGAACGCGUUCCCUACACAGCACUGGUAGGAGAGAUCACCUGCGAGUACCCCUUCCACUUGCACGGGAAAGAUUUACGAGAGAUCAAACGCAGUGAGCUCUGUCCGUUACUUUCGGACGCGGAAAUCGAGGCCAAACUGGGAAUCCCUCGGUCUCCGUUCAACAACGAGAACACGUGGCCAACGAAACCGUCCUCCAUGCUGUCUUCGUUCCACAACACGGCGUCGUCUGUGGAGUACAAAGACAGACAUGUCAAACCCACCAAACGGCCCAGGCCCACCAAAAACCCUCCCACCCCUCGUAGUCUCUACCCCGGCCUGAACCAGCCCCCCAUAGCUGGCUACCAGACCCGCCCCCCCAUCCCCAUCGUCUGCCCUUCUGGGUGUAUCUGCAACCUCCAUAUCAACGAUCUGGGGCUAACGGUCAACUGUAAAGAGAAGGGCUUUCAUAAUAUCUCAGAGCUCCUGCCCAGGCCUCUCAAUGCCAAGAAACUUUAUCUGAGCGGAAAUCUGAUACAGAAAAUCUACCGGUCUGAUUUCUGGAACUUUUCCAGCUUGGAUUUACUACACUUGGGGAAUAACCGGAUAUCGUAUGUCCAGGAAGGGGCAUUUAUCAAUCUUCCCAACCUGAAGAGUUUAUAUUUGAAUGGGAACGACAUUGAGAGGCUAACUCCCGGUAUGUUCCGGGGCUUACAGAUGUUGAGUUAUCUUUAUUUUGAGUAUAACGUUAUUCGUGAGAUCCAGCCGGCAUCAUUCUCUCUCAUGCCCAGCCUUCAGCUUGUUUUCCUCAAUGACAACCUCCUCCGCACUCUCCCGACCGACGCCUUCGCAGGCACCAGCCUGGCGCGACUCAACCUCCGCAAUAACUACUUCCUGUCCCUUCCUGUGCGUGGCGUUCUAGAACACCUGCAUUCCAUCGUCCAGGUGGACCUUCAUCAGAACCCCUGGGACUGCUCCUGUGACAUCAUCCCCCUCAAAACCUGGAUGGAGAAGCUGUCCUCGGUCAUCAUGGUUAGUGAUGUCAUCUGUAAGACUCCUGAUUUAGCCUUUGGGAAGGAUCUGAGGUCGCUGGAUGCUGAGGUCAUCUGUCCAGAGCUGAAGUACUCAUCCGGACCCUCCCCAGCUCUCUUCCCCUCUGAUGACAUGACCACCGGUAGCUCUGGUCUGGGGGAGGCUGUGGGGAGGGGGCCGGUGCCUCUAUCAGUCCUCAUCCUCAGUCUUCUCGUUUUGUUCAUCUCAGCGGUUUUCGUGGCCGCGGGCCUCUUCGCCUUCGUCCUGCGGAGACGGAAGAAGCUGCCCUUCCGGAAACGCUCUGAGGUGGAUCUGACAGGAAUCCAGAUGCAGUGCAGGAUAUUAGAGGAUCCGCCGAGACAGACCAGCAGUGGAAGCAUAGGCUCACCUGAAAAGUCAACCAGCGGCCACACACAUACACACACGCAUGGUCACGUUGGCCACACACACACUCACGGUCACGUCUAUGAUUACAUUCCUCACCCUGUGACGCAGAUGUGCAACAACCCCAUUUACAAGCCCCGGGAGGGAGAGGUAGGGGAGGGGGAGGGGGUUCAGUUUGCAGAAACAAAAGAGAACAACAGUAAUUACCGAACCCUCUUAGAGAAGGAGAGAGAAUGGACCCUAGCCAUGUCUAAUUCACAGCUCAACACUAUCGUCACGGUAAACCACAAUACAGGGGAUAUAUCGAGUUUUCACGAGAACAGUGGGCUGUGUCCCACCGUGAUUGACAGCCAGAGACCCACGCCAACUGUCGGCUUCGUAGACUGUCUGUAUGGAACGGUGCCGAAGCUCAAGGACAUGCACGUUGCACAUGCACACCCGCCUGGUAUGCAAUACCCGGACUUACAACAGGACGCACGUCUCAAGGAGACGCUGCUGUACACAGCAGGGAAAGGCUGCUACCCUGACCCCUCCCAAAGCGAUUACCUCGAGUUAAGGGCCAAACUCCAAACCAAGCCGGAUUACCUCGAAGUACUGGAGAAAUCAUAUCGGUUCUAACACACGGAGUUUAGCAUAAGCUACGUAUAAACACACACUCUCCCUUUUCCCCAAACGGAGCAAAAUCACGGAAGAAAAACUAAACAAAAAAGCAGCAUGAUAUUAAAAUGAAAUAUUAUAUGACAAAAAGUUUUCCCCCAAAAUCGCUUUGGAGGAAAGGCCAUUCUCAGAUAUUCAAUGAAGUGCCUUUUUUCAGAGUAGCCAGCAAUGUUAUCAACCCUUAUUUUUAUAUGGAACAGAUUGGUCUAUAUGCCGAGGAGAGUGAGAGAACGAGAAAGAGGAUAGAGACACCGGGAAAAAACACAACAUCCGAAAAUAUAUCCCGUCAAACUGAACCCUUCAUGAGCUCUCAAAUGGUGGAGUAACCCUGUGCGGGAGCUGGAUGUCUCCACUGGGGCUCGUGUUUCUGUCUCGCUAUCUUUCAGGUGGAUAUAUAAACGCCCGGGUGCCCUGCACAUGAAGUUAGUGGGAAAUAAAUAAAACAUUUAGAAAAUGAAUUGCAGUUUGCUGCAUGCACUCGACCCAUUGCAAUGGUGAGGGAUUUGCUCAGAACUAUCACUCACGUAUUAAUAGAGAUACUGUAACACAUUACGGUUCAGUGUUCUAUUUAAUUUUAUAUAUUAUUAUCAUUAUAAUUAAAGAGGACUACUAUAUAUAUGGGUGCAAUUCUCAAGGACGUGCUCGCCCAAGGAUUAAAAUAACAUUUGUGAAUAUAUUAUAUGAUGACGCUCAAGGUUUUCUGGAAUUUCACGCACUUUCUUAAGAACCAUGCAUCGGAUUAUCUCAUCAACACUAACGGCUUUGUAGGGGGCACUUUUAAUGUUUUCUCUCUUACAAAGAUUUGAAGAAAAUAUGUGCAUAUAUUUAUUCUGUAAUUUCAGUGAACAUUUUAUUGUAAAGGUAAUGUUAAAUAAAUGUAUAGUGAAUA